CACAGUCCGACAGCGACAGGAGCUCUGCCAUGGUGUAUUACACGAGGCGUACUUUAGAUUAACACAACAAUCGUACAUAAUUUUAAUUAAAUCGGGAAUAAAAUCGGUGAUUUUUUAAAGGAACGCGAACGAAAUAGGAAAAAGAAAAGAAAAGAGAAAAAAAAGACAAGAAAAAAAAAAAAACAAGAAAAAAAAAAGAAAAAAAAAAAAAGAAAAGAGAAGAGAAGAGAAAGAAAAAAAAAAGAAUAUCUAAAAUAAAUAAAAAUUAUAAUAUCAUAGGAAAUAUCGUACGUGCUGCUUUCGUGUCAUUAUUCGUAUACGCGAUUUUUUGUGAUUAGGCUAGCUUAGGAUCAGGUGUUGUCAUCAUGAAGACUAUCCUUUCGAGGACUUUGCUCGUUGCUGUGAUCCUUGGGACAGGAGUAUUGGGAUAUCCUCCACAAGAAAGACUUAUGCCAGAUGGUGCACCGGUUCCCGAGGACGCUAUCGCACAUGAGGAUUCCAUGGCGUCCGCUUCGGAAACCGGCGAGGAUUAUGCGGACGUAGAUGAUUCUGAUAUGUAUAUGGAGACCGAUGGGACGGAGACGAUGAGGGGUGACGAUCAUGUCGAAGAAAGUCAAACGGAUAGAAUAGAAAUCGAUAGAACGUCGAUAGAAAAUGAUGAUAAACUUAAUGAAACGAGUACGGAGGAAGGGAAUGGGAAUGAUCAGGAAACGAAAAAUACCGUAUUGUCGCCUCAAACUCAGCCAACCGAGAUCAUUGAUAAAAGUUUAGAAACUGAAAGUCAAAACUUUUUCCCGUCUUUCGCUGAAUUAUUUAGCAAUCAAAGAUUACCAUUUAACGAACAACAACAAAGAUAUAGGCCAAACAGAUUCUUGAGUUAUUUUCAACGGGAUCGUGGUGUAUAUCAAACAGCUUCGACAACAUCAAAAGAGGUUCAACAUCCUCUUUUGGGUUCUGGAAAUUUCGGAGUCAUUCGUGGUGGAACUUAUUAUCCUGAAGAUAGAGAGAACGAGGAUUAUAACGCCGAAGAUAGUCUUUAUAAUCCUUAUUAUCACGGUACGACUGGCCGUGCUCGUGCCAAUUAUUAUAGGAACCCUAAACCACAGCCGGUUCGUGGUGGAGAUUUCUUUGCUAACUUCCGGGAUUUCGCCGACAUAACGGCACCACCGAAGUCAAGUUUCUCUCAUCUUUCUGUGGUUUAUGCGAAUAAAAAUGGCAGUACUACGGGACGUAUCACGGAACCCAGAAACAUCAUCGAAACUCUUAGGAUGUUGGAGGAAGAGGAACGUAAUAAUGGAAUGGAAAUAACAACGACCGAAGUACCAAGGAAGAAGUUGAGUAAAGGAAAAAGGAAAUUGAUCAAGAUGAAACAAUACGAGGAGGAUAAGGCGAGAAGAUCACGCGUAUCCGUCGAGCCUCUUUUAGCUUUGAGUUGAGAAUGAACUUUGUGUACUUAAUUAGUGUCUAACGUUUUAACGAACGAGAAACUUUGGGAUCGUUAUGUCCUAUGCGCAAUGUAAUCUGGCCCCCUCUCCUCCAACCUCUCGCGAGAUCGGCAACCAAAGUCUUUACAAAUCCUCUUUUGAUUGUCGGAGGUAGCGAAAAUGAUCGUAAAAGUUGUUUCAGUAGCGUCGAAAGAGAUAAUUUUUUUUUUUUUCCAAACAAUUGGUCAUUCCUUGAAAAAGAUUCAACGAGAAAAAACGCGUCGGAAUUAUACGUGAAAAAAUUUCGUUAUCGAUAAUAAUAUAUAUAUAUUAUAGUAUAUUAUAGAUGUAUAAUAUAGUAUAUUAUAGAUGAUAGUAACAGCAAUAUAGUAAUAGCAAUAAUAAGUCUCAUUGACGAGUUAAAUGAAAUCGUAGGAAGUAUCGUGCGUGCGUAUUCAAGACUGUCAUCCGAGAUGUCAUCCAAUAAAAGAAAAUGUAAUGAUUAUUAUCGACUGGAUUCUCAUGGGCACGCGCCAAAUUGAUCGUGCGAGAGCAUGGCGCGUGCACUUUCGUUACGCUCGAGUAAGCCUAUAUACCGGAACGAAUAAACGAGUACGGAGAAACGACGACGAGCUCGUUCGCGCGAUAAAACGUGGGACCUACACGAGAGACUAAACACACAAGUCCGGAUAGACGCACGCGACUUCACAUAGUUCUCGUGACCGCCGUAUCUAUAAGUAAAACAAAAAUCCUCGGCUAUUUAUUUGCAUGCACACGCCAUCAUAAUCUAUCGCGGCCAGGCGCGAGAGAACUUCUUCUGGUCGGUCGAAAAUCGGGAGUGAAAGAAAAAGAUUUAAAAAAAAAAAAAAAAAAAAAAAAAAAACAAAAAAAAAGGAAGGAUAUAUUUUGGUUGGAAUGUGCAAGGGAGAAAAAAAAAGAAAAGAAAAGAAAAAAGGUAUAACGAUCGACGAGAACGAAAAAAAAAAAAAAACUUUGACGAAAUUCUAAUUUUUAUCAUAUUUUCGCAUUUCUUGUCUCCUACGAUUAAUAUCUUCGCCUGCGUCAUACGUCUUAUUUGUAAGUUUUAUCUCUUAUCAUUUAAGUAUCGUACCUAAUAGAUUCUUUAUUAAUACAUCUCGUUUCACUAUGAGUCUAAAAUAAGACGCGAUAAUUCUAUUUUAUUUUAUUUUAUUUUAUUUUAUUUUAUUUUAUUUUAUAUUAAUUUAAUUUAAUUUAAUUUAAUUUAAUUUAAUUUAAUUUAAUUUAAUUUAAUUUAAUUUAAUUUAAUUUUGUUUUAUUUUAAUUCACUUUUCAUUACAUUUUACUUUAAUAUUUAGAAUAGUAAUAGUUUAUUCCAGCAAGUAAUUCUCGCAAUAUUAUUUUAUUUUAUAUCCGAGUAUUGGAUGUUUAUGUUAAAAGGAAAAAAGGAAAAGAGUUAAUGAAAACGUACGAAAAGAAAAAAAAGAAAAAAAGAAUAAAAAAAAAAAAAAAAAAGAAAAAAGAAGAAGAGAAAACGAUUACGUACGCAUUCGUAGAACCACUAAAGACUGCCUAUUCUCUUACAAUCUUCGUUGAUCUACGAAACUAAUGCUAAUUAUUACUAUUAUUAUUAUUACUAUUAUUAUUAUUAUUAUUAUUAUUAUUAUUAUUAUCAUUAUCAUUAUUAUCAUUAUUAUUAUUAUUAUUAUUAUUAUUAUCAUUAUUAUUAUUAUUAUUAUUAUUAUUAUUAUUAUUAUUAUUAUUAUUAUUAUUAUUAUUAAUAUUUUUUCUCUUUGAUAAAACUAUCCCGGAUCUUCCUACGUAUAAACUUAUUUCUUCUUCUUCUUCUUUUUUUUUUUUCUUUUUUCUUUUUUUCCUUCCUUUAAGUAUGAUUGAUCGUGACGCGUCGGAAAUCACGGAAAGCGAUGAUUUCUUCUUUUAUAUCGAGGACGAAAUUUACGGCGAUUAAAGAUUAUCCUCGAUCCUUCGCCGUAAAUCUCGUCGAAACCAUUGUUAUUUCAUUUGUUGUUGACUAUUGUAGCUUUAUCUAGAUAGGUUUAAUAGAUCGAUAAGGAAAACAAAUAUAAAAAUGUAUUCGUGAAAAUUCGUGUCUCUCGUCCUCCCAACUCUCUAUUUUGAUAGGACACAGAUUGAACAAAAAAAAAAAUAUAUAUAUAUAUAAUAAAGAAAAUAUAUGAAUAUAGAGAUAUAUGAAUAAUGCAU